UGCUGCUUUUUAGCUGCUUUGGGUUACAACUUGCUGGAGGGCUAUAUAAAUUUACUGGUAACAAUAUAAGUUUAAGUUACGUGGCUUUUCCGAAAACAUUCAAAUUAAAUUGGAGUUUGUAUGAAAUAGUUCAAUCAAUUUAUUCUCAUUAUGGAACGCCAAACGUUUCAUGAGUCCGCGCGUAAAAGUGAGUAAGGAUGAAUGAAAAGGAAGAUGGGAAAAAUCCAAACCAAUUUACAGAAUAAGUCACUCUAAAGAUUUCCUUGAACAUAGAAUUAUGAAUAUAAGCGUUUAAUCAUUUCUUGCUCUAGUCUUUGUCAUAUCUUUACUCUUUGGAGUGCUUCCUAUUUCGAAUGUCUGGCAAAAGGAUGUGAUGAAGAUUAAUUUCAAUUGGCUAAGUUGGCCAACCGUUUAUGCAGCCAUGAUAAUGCUAUGGAAUAUCUUUGAAUUUGGUGCAGCCAUGUAUAAAAUUUCAAUAACAAGUGUCAACUUUCAUUCAUCGGGCAUCAUAUCCUUCUUCAUUGUUUGCAUUCUGGAACACUGCUGUUUUUGGCGUGUGGCCAAAAAAUGGCCGCAAUUGAUAAAACAAUGGCGCCAAGUGGAGCAGAUAUUUCUUCAAUUGCCCUAUCGUUUAUAUGUGGAUUAUAAUAUGAAAUUUUGGUUAUGGUUUUGGUAUUUGCUUAUAAUGAGCUGCGGUUUAGUGGAACAUUGUUUACUGGUAUUCAACUCUUUUCAAAAAACCGAAUUGGAGAGAACCCAAUGCAAUUUGAAUGACAGUUAUUGGGAAACUCUGUAUGGACGUGAGAGAUCUCAUUUACGUUUGUUUUUGCCAUUUCAACUCUGGGCCUUGCCAUUCUUUGAGUUUUUUAAUUUAACUCUAGCUUAUCCACGUUCCUUUAGUGAUGUUUUCAUUAUACUCGUCGGCAUUGGUUUGGGUAGCAGAUUUCGUCAACUUUACCUAAGAAUAGAGGCAGUCCAGGGAAAGGCCAUGCCUGCUAUAUUCUGGAAGGAAACUCGUGAACAUUAUCUUGUAUUGAAGAAAUUGUUACGCCUGGUCAACGAUGCCAUGUGGCCCUUGGUUCUAUUGAGUUGUGAAAACAACAUGUACUUCAUAUGUUUUCAGUUAUUCAACAGUUUUUUGAAUAUUGGCGUAGAUUGGGUGGCUGAAAUGGCAUUUUGGUUCUCCCUCCUCUAUAGCAUUGUUCGAGCAGUGCUGAAAAUCUAUUUGGCAGCUCAGGUUGAUGAAUACACGCAAAAGAUUGCAUCCUGUUUACGUGAUGUACCUUCAAGAUCCUGGAAUAUGGAGACUCAACGUUUUAGCGAACAAUUGGCGGUGGAUGUUACAGCCUUCUCAGCGGCGGAUUUUUUCGCAUUGACCCGUAAACUUAUAUUGGGGAUGGCCAGCACUGUUGUUACCUACCAGUUAAUGGUUGGCGAUGUCAUCAAUCAGGGUUCUAUUAAACAAGUCACCGAUUUCUGCAAAAAGUAUGAACGUUUCGAUCACGACAAUGAACAACAUGAUAAUUAG